AUGAAAGACCAAGCAAGAUAUCGCUAUGCUUAUAAUAAGCUGAUUCACUUUAAACCGGCUGCUUCUAUCCGACGUGAUUCUGCCUUCCUUCUCGCCUUUCUUCUUUUGGCGCAUUUUACUCCUCAAUAUAUCAUUGUCAGUCUUUACUUUUCCCGGCUAAUAAUGUCUGCGCGAUCGCGGAAGACGAAGCCUGUAGCUACAGAGCCUAGUACCGUCUCAUCUACAAAAAAAACCACAGAACGCACUCCCGUUUCUGACAAAAAUAGGUCUCCAAGCCCUCUCAAUAUAUCCAGGUCGGAGGAAAAAGAUGAGCUGGCUCAUCUAAAUGACCGUCUAGCAGGAUACAUUGAUUAUGUUCGUCAGUUAGAAAGAGACAAGGAACGUCUCACCACCCGGAUUAAAUCUGUCACGGAAGAAAGGCUCGGAAAGAUUGAUGACAUGAAAAAAACCUAUGAAGAUGAAAUAAGAUCUCUGCGGGAUCUUGUUGAUAGCCUUGGAAAAGAUAAGGGGGCUGCUGAAAUUGAGCUUAAAAAAUCAAGAGAUGAUAUGCUAGAUGCCAAAAAUAGGCUGUCUAAGCGUGAGCAGGAGAUACGCAAUCUUCAGAGAAAGCUAGAUAUAGCAGAAAAAGAUCUUUCUAAUUAUAAACAAGAUCAUGAUCGAUACCAGAUCAUGAAAUCUGAGUUUGACGAUCUUGAGAAAAAAUGUUUUUCUGUCAAGAAAGAGUUAGAUGGGGAAACCAAUCUUCGCAAUAACCUUGAAAAUAAGAUUCUAGGUUUAGUUGAGGAGUUGGAUUUCAAGAAUCGUCUCCUUGAGGAGGAGCGUCAAAAAAUUGUUCAUAGAACUAUUUCUGUGGAAGAAGAAGUAGAAGAGCGCAGGGAAGCUGAAUUCCAAAGCAGAUUGGCCGAUGAAUUGCGUGCAAUUCGCGAACAAACAACAGAUGAGUUAGCUUCUUAUAAAUUCGAAUUGGAGGAGACAUUCCAGCAAAAAGUUGAUCAAUUACGUUCUGCGUCACAACAUGCCUCCACAGAUAUCACUCGUAUUCAGAGUGAAUUGUCUCUAGCCAGAAGGAGGGCUGAUGAUUUAGCUCAGGAACUUUUGCGCAAGGAGGCUGAGGUUGGGAUAUUAGGUCGUCGCGUUUCGGAUUUGGACCGACAGUUAGAGAGUGAAAGAGAUGACAACGAUCGUAUGCAAAGGUCGUUGCGUGAAGAAAUAUCUCGCAUAAAGCAACAAUUGGAGGAAAGCUUCAAGGACUUUACUGACCUUAUGAACACCAAGAUUGCUCUUGAUCAGGAGAUUUUGAUGUAUCGAAAGAUGCUGGAGGGUGAAGAAACACGACUAAAUAUUAAAUCUCCAUCUCGGCCAUCGCCAUUUAACAUUCGUCCAAUGAAGCGUCGGCGUAUGGAUGGUGAAGAUUUUGAUGAUGAUACUUCCCAACUUCCUCUUUCUGGCUUGAGCUCAGUCUCUGGUUCCUUAUCUAGGGGACGUGUUGCCUAUCACGUCACCUGCAACUCUAUUGGUCCAAUUGAAUUUGCAAAUGAGCAGGACGGAUUGGGUCGAUGGGUCCGUAUUUUAAAUAGUUCAAAGGAAGAGGCAUCUAUCGGCAAUUGGACCCUUAAGCAGCUUUCAGAUGGACAGGAAGUUGCUCAUAAAUUCCAUCGUUCCUUGAUCAUAAAGCCAGAUGCAAAAUGCUCUGUAAGUGUUGUCAGUGUGAUUUUUAUUAUGAAAUCCUUAUCCAUUGGUUCAAUUAUUGUUUAA